GAACACAAUAGCAAAAGCCCUGGAAGACCUUAAGGCCAACUUCUACUGUGAACUCUGUGACAAACAGUACUACAAACACCAGGAGUUUGACAAUCACAUCAACUCAUAUGACCAUGCUCACAAACAGGGGGAGCUCAAGCCCAGGAACCUGGCCAGGAGCUGCAGAAGAAGAAAAUUGUCACUUGUGUUGCAUGCUCCCUCCUUUUGCCGAACCCUAUGGAUUCCCAAUAGUAGUUCUGUGAUGCUGGAAUUCUGGAGAUAGGGAUGGGGCUAGAGGUGGUAGGUCUCUGAUGGAUUCUCCUCCCACCCCCACUUGCAGAGCACAACAAUAUAAUUCACUGUACCCUCAAAUAUUAAGUGCACCAGAAGUCCUGGAGCAGCAGAUGAAUGAUCCCCCAACACCCUGGACUUCUUCAGGAGUUGUAUUCACAGACUACAUCAUGGGUGACUGUGUGAAGUCAGGGUGCCUCGGAACAGCUCUUUGAAAUCUAAAGGUUUCCAAGUGAUAGUGCAAGGGGAGAAUAGAGGAACAACACACACCUACAAUAGAGGAAACUUCAUGAAUUGGUUCUUGUGGAGUUUAUACGGCGCCACAUGAGAAUAAACUGCAUAAUAACUAAAUUGUUUUAUUCUUUUCUCCCUUAUGGAUGUUUUCACCAUAAGACUAUCAAAAAAUUGCAUAGCUGAGAACGGAAGAGCGGGAGUGUCAAAGGAACACAGCUAAUAUGAUUAAAGGAUGAGCUGAAGAGCUCUUCUGCCAAAUUAUAUGUCAACCCUGGUAGCUGCUUCAGUUUAAUAGUGUAAACCAUGUGUGUGAGGAACCACAUGCCUGUUCUGCAAAAAUAUAUUAAUGACAGAGUCCUAAGAGACUCAAGGAACUGAAACAGAGGGAGUUUGCUCGAAAUGUAGCUUCCAAGUCAAGAAAAGAUGAAAGGAAACAGGAAAAGGCCCUCCAACGUUUGCACAAGUUAGCUGAACUGAGGAAAGAGGCAGCAUGUGCUCCUGGGAGUGGUCCCAUGUUCAAGUCCACUACAGUUACUGUGAGAGAUAAUUUCCAUGAAAUCCCACAAAGUACUAUCAUAGACGCUUCUAACAAACAACAAAAUGUCAAUUGUACAUUAAUGCACAAUGCACAGAAUGCGAAAGAUGUUACUUCUAGUGCUUUUUCUGCUUCGGAAAGCGCAAUUAAUAACAAAUCUGACACUCUCAAACUUGGGGAUCAAGUACAAGGAGUCCAUGGACAUAAAAUAGGAUUCUCUUUUGCUUUUCCUAAGAAAGCAUCAGUGAAGUUGGAGUCCUCAGCUGCUGUAUUCUAUGAAUAUAAUGAUGAAACAUCCAGUGAACAUGGAAUUAGCAGAAGAAGUAGAUUUGUUCCAGGAGCUUGUAAUCUUCAGUUUCCAUCAGCAACAGAAAUAGUUUUGUGCUCUGAGGAGAAACAAAACUACAGUCACCCACUGAUGGAAAAAUGUACUGACACAGCAGAAGCUUCUGAAGUUCAGGAGUCAAAACAACUAUCCAGUAAGGAGAAAAAUAUAAUACUAGAGAAUACAGUAUUAGUUCCAGCCGAUUCUCAUUUGAAACAACCUGUGUCUUGCGAUUUGGAUGACUGUUGUGUUGAUGUCAAUUCACCAGCAUUACGAGAUCAAUCACUGUCCACAGUUGCCAUUAGUAAUCAGGCACUACCUGUAGAAAGUCACAGUUCUGAGAGGUUGGGGAAAAAAUCCCCAGCUCGUGAUAUCACUGAUGAUUGCUUACCUUUGCAAGACAUCACAGAGGAAAACAAUAAAUACAUUAAUAGUGAUUCAUCCACAACUGAAGCAGAAAUUAAAAAACUUGGCUCUGACCUACAUAUGUCAUCAAAUUCUGAAGGGGAGAGUACAGCCUUACAAAACAAACAAGAGACACAUAAAAGACCUUGUGAACCAUUUGUUCCUGUUCUGAGCAAACAUGGAUUGUCUGUUCUUCAGUGGCCAUCCGAAAUGUUAAUUUACACAAAUACAGAACCAUCCAUUUCAUAUAGCUGUAAUCCUUUAUGUUUUGACUUCAGGUCAUCACGAGCAAGUGACUGCAUGGAGAAAACUAAACAUCAGUCAAAUGUACAUCAUUCUCAUGACAAAACUGAGUCCAACCAGAGUCUUGUUUUAGAUGACACAGAUAAAUCUAUUUCAGAAUGUGGUGAUUACAAAACAGAAAUUAAUAAAAAUGUGUGCGACCAAGCAACAUCACUUAUAACAGAUGUUUUGUUAGCUAAAAGCUGUGAACCUGCAACAAAUCAAGAUAAAAUGUGCUUGGAUGCCUCUUUCAGGACUGGAAAAACAGAAAAAUACCACAUUUCCAAAAGCCAUUUACGACAGGACACCAGGAUAGAUGAUAAACACAGCAAAGUCUGGAACAAAGAAACUCACAAAAGAUGUUUUCACAAAAAUAGGAAAAGGAAAAGGAGAAAAUUAUGUCAUCACCAUCAUGAGGAAAUAGCAAAAGCAGACACUGAAAUUUCUUCAACAGCUGAACAGAAAAUUAAUUAUGUCAAUGAAGAUAAACAUCAGCACCUUCAAAAUACUUCAGGGAAGUGCAGAGAUGAAAUUGGAAGCAUAUGGUUAGCUACAGAGCAGUUACAACAGUCAUGUCAAAAACUUGGCAUUGGAAACAGUGAUCACAAAAGAACCAUGUCCACAUCAACAAACAUACAUGGUGACAAAGGCCAAUGUGGGACCUGGAACACAAAAAAUAGCUAUGACCACUGCACUGACUCUGAACCUCUGCACAGAAAGUACAAAGCAAGCUCUCAUAGGCAGUCAAAACAACUGACUUUGAAUUCUGGAAGACAUAACUUAAUGUAUUCUAGAACAUUAUGUAGCUGUAAGGUCAGAAGAUCUAGCUGUAGCCCAGAUCAUAAAUGUUUGGAAAAAUGUACAAGUCAAAGCCAGUCCAUCAAGAGAGCUUACAACUUUCUGACUGAUGAACCUGAAAGAUCCCAUCGAAAGCGAAGACAACAUACAUAUUCUUGUUCAUCAGAUGAAAGUUCAUGUAGACAGGCAUUUUUAUCAGAAGCGUAUCUCAGGCAAACAAGUAAUUUAGCUGCACAUUGUAAGCCUAAAAGGAAAAGGAGGAGAAAAAGAUCUAGAACCCAUCACAUAUUUGUCAACAAAGAACUAAGAAGAAAUGAAAAUCAUAGACCUUCCAGAGGAAAUUCUACAUUAAAUAUUUUGGGGGAAUUGUUAACACAAGAAAAUAUACAACAAACAAAAACUCAACCCAUAAAAGAUUAUACAAAAAAUAUGGCGGAAACAACACAGCUGGUAGAAAACAAGUUGACUCUACAAUCUGAUGGUUUACUUUUAUCAGAAAAUAACAAGUCAACAGAGUGUUCAACAAUGCAGAGCUCUCCAAGUAUAUUUUUGGAGCACUUCACGCAUUCCUCUGCUUCUGUUAUUGAACAUAGUGUUCUGACAACUGCAACACCAGAGAACAAGCUAGAAGAAGAAAAGAAACAUGAAAAUGUAAGGGCUCGUGAAAGUCAAGCUCCUUAUAAAGUGCCCAGUAUUGAUAGAAAUGUGGAACAAACUACUCGCAAACCAUAUCUAUGCCAACAUGAAGUAGCAGAGACCAUACCACAAGAAAAAAUAAAUGAGGCAACCAGUGAAUGGCUGCGGUAUAAUUCGGGCAUAAUUAACAGCCCUCCACCUUUGUCAUUCAAAGAAGCACAUAUAAAUAGUCAUGCCUUUUUAACCACUGAACAGAUACUUGCCCCAUUUACGUUGCCUGAUCAGACAUUGAUAUUUCCCCCAGAAAACCAUGGAAAAUUCAAAGACUUGCAAUGUGAGGCCUAUCAGCAGCUCAUGCAGCAAAACGUGCUGGCUAACAAGGUGAAGUUUGCCUUUCCACCCACUGCAAUCCAACCUAAUCCUCCUCUGCAGCCUUUGCCCUUGCAGCAGCCCUUAUGUUCUACCUCUGUAACCACAAUCCAUCACACGGUUUUACAGCAGCAUGCUGCCGCUGCUGCUGCAGCAAGUACAUUUAAGGUUCUCCAGCCUCACCAACCAUUUCUUUCACAGGUCCCAACCCUUUCAAGAACACCUUUACCUCAUCUCGCAGUAGGACCUAGACUUUGCCCAGGAACCCACACAACUUUUGUUGCUCCGCCACAACUGCCACUAAUUCCAACUUCCGUCCUUCAUCCGAGUCACCUGGCUUUCCCCCCAUUACCUCAUGCAUUGUUUCCUUCGCUGCUUUCACCACACCCAGCUGUCAUUCCAUUGCAGCCCCUCUUCUAGGUCAAGUUUUCAACAAUCAAAAUGGAAAGAGCUGUCUCUAAAUUAACAUACUGCUAUAUGUAAGCACUCGUCAGUUUUGACAAAUGGUUCUUUAAGUGACUGGAAUAAACUGGUUAAAAUGCCUCAUUAAUUUGGAAUCAUUUACUAUAAGUGUAACAAUGCAAAUAUGUAUGUAAAGUUCAGCUCCAUAAUAUAACUAAAGCACUGAAUAGUCUGAUCUAAUAUGAACUAUAUAUAUAUAUAUGUAUGAAAAUCAUGUCUUAGAAUAUGUAUAAUGUACAUAAAAUAUAUUUAUAGUAUUGCAAUCUAUGUUGUAAAGUAUGCUCCUUUUGUUUUUUUAUCUUUGUGAACCUGCACCUAUUUAAUGUUUAGACAAAGCUGAUGCACUGUUUUGUACUAUGUUUCUUGAAACUGUAAAUCUAGUGACAAACUAUCUCUUGCAAUAAAUUUUUGUUAACUA